AGCAGCACAAGAAUCACACACGACGAUGAUGACCACAAAGGAGGCCGAAGAUAGAAGAAAGGUCGCCGCUCUCAUGAAUGCCAUUCUAAACUUGUCUCAGAGCAUAGAUCUGAAGCUGGAUGGGCCAGAUGGUCGCAUUGCAAUGGUGGAGUCAAAAGUGACAACCUCAGAGGGCAUGCUUCUCAACAUAUUGGAUAUGGUCCAACGACAGCAUGAGAAGAACGAUAUGAUAGUGAUGGUCCCUAAUACAGAAGUUGUUGCGAACUCUUCCAUCAUGCCCAACCCAAUGGGGGUGAAGGCUCACAGAAUGUAUACCACCAUGUUGAGUGCGGAUUGGUCGGCGGAUGGUGCCGUGUUAGAGCAACUGAUGUCUCCUACUGUGACAUCAGCAUUGGGAAAGGGCAAGGGCAAGGCCACCCAGCAACAACCUGUGUAGGAUUAUAGCCUGCUUGAUAUUGUUGCUCCAUAUUCUCCAGGGGAUGAAGGAGACAUUGCUCAAAUCGAACAACAUGGAUGCACUCAAACAUGGCCAAACAGUGAAUGCAACAUGCUGACUACAACAAACACUUAUUCCCAUUGGUCAAUGGGUUCAGGAAAGACGUUAUCGGGAGGACUAGUGGGAGGAAAAAGGGUUGCAGAUUUCUCUGGAGACUUCCAGGGGUUAACCACGUAGAUUGCUGGGCUCCAUAGCUCAACCACACUUACCACAAACAACGCAAAGUUGCCCAAGGUUGAUGGUGUAGAGAUAACACCCAUGGAGAGGCGGCCGAUGUUGAACUUGAUGCGUAUGUUGCCAAAUUGUCCAAAGCCGUCGGCACCUAGACGCCCUGUCGUCCGGCAGAUGGUGGGAGGACGCAACCGUUGUUCAUCUGGCACCGUCGACUCCACACUACCUUCCGUCCCGCAGGUAUGCAAAUUGUUUGUAAAAGCUCCUUAACUGUGGCUAAUUUGGCAUGUAUAACUGAUGUAGUUGGUUUUGGGUGCACUAACGCAACUAGUUCACAACUUACAAAGCCUCAAGAUGUACUUCAGGCCAACUUUGGGCAUGGGGUUGUCAUGGAAGAGACCAAACUUGUUGCAUACAUCUUCUCCCCAAAGGAAGAAGAU